AUGGAAUUUACCGGAGUCGUCGUCGAGUUUAUCAUUUUGGCCAACACAGGUAAACGAAAAAAAAAAAAAAAUAAAAAAAUAAGUUUAAUAUAUUAAUUUAUUGUUAAACUCGCGUCGGCAUAAUCGUUUAAAAUAAUAUUUAUUUUGCGGCCUAUAAAACAUGGCAACUGGAUUUUUGGUUCGACCUUUUUUUUUUUUUUAAUCAUUUUAUUACUUUCAUAACGUUAAUGUUAUCAAUUGUAUUUUAGAUUUUAAUGUGUAUAGUACAAACUCGUAUUUCAAUUAUUAUUGUGUUUUAAUGACGUCAUUACCCAUAAUUUUAUGUCAAUGUUAUAACGGUAAUAUAAUGAUUUUGUUUUCCGAAUUUUAAGAGUAACUUACUCGAGACCAAAGAAAAAUGUGUACAAUAGCUUAUUUUUAUAGAAACGCAUAUGUUAUUAUAAUAUUAACUAUAAUGUAAUGAUGUGUCGUAUCGCGUUAGUUUAUCGUAAGAAAUCGUAUUUAUUUAUUUUUAUAUGUAUUUUAAUAUAUUAUAUUGUAUUGUGUAUAUUAUGUAUUUGGUAUAUUUAUGUUUAAACAGUCUGCAGUUGAAGACACGAAUAAAAUAAUUAUAUUAAUUGUAUGCUAAGAAAACUAAAAUAAAACUAACAAAUAUUUGAAGGUAGCAUAGUUUAAAAUAUUAUUCUGAAAUGUUAACUAAGUUUUUCAAUUAUAAAUUCGAAAAAAAUGCUAUUUUAAAGUACAAUACCGAUACUAUAGUUGAUUAUUAUUUUUCUGUAAUAAUUAGCCGUUGCGUCAGUUUUUUGACAUGUGGUUAUCAGUUGAAAUUUGUAAAAAAAAAUAAUAAUAAUAAACAUACGAAUCGUUAUAAAUCUAUAAAGGUAGACAAAAACGAAAAUAAUCAUUAAUCUGUACCUACGUUUUAAAAAAGAAACUGCAGUAAGUUUUCAUUUCUCUGAUAUUUCGAAUAAAAGUUUAUUUUUUCAGUAUACAUUAAAGCGUAGGUAUACCUUCACUGACAGAUUAGUAGUGUCAAAUGGAAAAAAAAAAGUGACGAAAGGUAUAUAGUAUAAUGUAAUAAGGUAUAAUGUAGGUAUUCAUUCAUUUAAUAGUUCGAGGCAUUAUUAAUUGUGUAAUUUUUCUUAUUUUUUUUUUAGCCACCUUUGUGCGUUUAUAUUUUAUAAUUGUCCGGAGGAUAAAAUACAAAAUAACGGUUUUUGUGUAGUUUUUAUAUCAAGUACACUUAUUUAUAAUAGAAAUACGAGUUGAGGCGUUUGUUAAAAAUUGUGGUAUCGAAAAGGAAAACGGCUAUAAUAUGAGUUCUAAACUGUACAUAGUCGUACAAUUUAUUUAAAUAAAUGGAUGCAAAAAAUAAAACAAAAAUGAUGGUCAUAAUUUACACCAAGAGUGCAGUUGUAGGUGGGAAGUUGAGAAAGUAGUAUGUAAAGGACGAUUUAAUUUAUAACAGUACCUAAGCAUUGAUAAAUUAUUGCUUACGGAAAACGAUCCUGAGCGUAGUUAAACACACAUUUCGACAAUAUUCAAUUGAACACUGUGCAAGUUAGUGACCGUGCAGAAUAAGCAAUUAUCCGUCCUUUAUCGUCUCAAAUUUUUGAGUGUUUUUACAAAGCUCCCCCCCCCAAAAAAAAUAGCUUGGGAACAGAAUGAAAAUCACACCCCGUCCAGAAAGGUCUAAUACAAGGCAUUCAGUGAAAAUAUCAGGUCUCUACGGCGAUUUUUCACUGAAUAACAACGAAAAAUCUAAAUUUAAAAUAACAGAAACCGUCAUUAAUUGCGUACAUUUUUACGGGUUUUUGCAAAUUAUUAAGAAAACUACGAGGAAUGUCAAAAACUAACCGCCAUUAUUAUUGUCCAUUAUAGAAACCGACCCUGAUAUUGAAGAUCGGAGCCAGAUUUCUGGUACGAAGUAAAGUCGUUUGCAGACGUGGUAAAAUAAAACCAAUGUAUAUAGUAUUUCUCGUCAAUACGCUCGGAAUCUUUAAAUCGAUAUUCGGACCUCGAAAUUAUAAACACGUCGAGUGUAUACCUGAUAUACGUAUAGGGAUUAAUUAAAAAUCUAAUAGCAUAAUAAUAAUACGAAUAUGAGUGUCUCCGAAAUUUUUACGCAAUUAAGCGGUUAAACAUUAAGUAAAAUAUUAAAUCACGUGGUCCACUGGACGGCGGUGCUCACGAACACCACCCACACGUCUAACGUGUAAUAAAUAAUACAAAAAAAAAAACAACAUAUCAAUAUUAAUAUUAAUACCAACAUUAAUAUAGGUAUUACACGCAUAAAUUGGGUACUGAAAAAAAAAAAAUUAAAAAUAUUUCUAAUUUUUCGAAGCGUAUGAUUUUUUCUCUCGUAUUAUUCAUCGUUCAUCGUUGAAAAUCGUGAAUCCGUACAACGACGACGGCGACAACGACAACAUCCUAUUGCAUUACAUUCUGUUAUACCUACGUCGCCGUUGCCGCUCAACUACCUAUUAAAUGGCAUACGCGCGUGUAUCAUACGAAACUGCGAAAGGAGUCUCGGUCGUUGGGUCUCGAUACUUAUUAUAUUAUUAUUAUUAUUAUUAUUAUUAUUGAUAUUAUACCGACACGCACAGUGUUAUGCUUUGUGUUCUAAAAAAAAAAAAAAAUCUACAAUAUUUAAUACAUUACGAUAGUGAAACAUUUUUUUACGUCGAGAAAUCCUACCCAUACGUAAUAACGUAUAACGCAGUCGAGUCGGUGAGCUCCGGUUCUGGGUUGUUCGUUAUUUUCGCUCAAACGCCGACACCAAACUGAUUAUACACCGUAUAAAUAUUACAGUAGUGAUCAAUCCUCGAUUAAGACACUCAUUAUCUCGAAAAGUAUGUGCUUUUUUUCGGGUUUUUUUUUUAGAAAAUAUAUGAAAUAAGUAGCUCUAAGUGUCAAAUUAUCGUUAUUUUUUGCGACGCUUAUUUUUGGGGGCCACUACUCGCAUUUGAUUUUCAAAUAGCCACCUAUUUUGAAAAUUCCACAAACAGAUGAAGUUUUAGUUUAAAUAUAUUUUGAUGCGGACAUUUUCGAUUUCCGUCAAACCAUGCAUGUAAAAGGAUUUUUGUUUUCAUACUAGUUGUACCAGUGUUUAAACAAAUAUAUCCGAUUAUUUUUAGUGUGUCCAAUAUAGUAAUCCAAGACGGAAGAAACCUUUGAGAUGUCUGUGGCCGAAUAGGAGAAAAUCGCGUAUGAGAAUUGAUGUGAAAUGUGGGAUACCGGGAACCAAUCGGUGUGAUUUGACGAUGUAUAGGACGAAAUGGCAGGAAUUAUGUUUGACUGUAUAUUUUCAAAAUAUUCUGGCAAUUUUGAGCCAUUUGAAAUAUAGUUUUUAUUUGGAUAAUAUUUUUAUUUUGGUCCAUUAGAAACACUAGAAAAUUUAAUACGCGAGGUUCAUGAUCAAUUGUACUUAAGGAUUAGAAAAAUAAAGUUGAACUAAAUUAAGGUAGUAAUUUUUUUUUUUAUAAGCGUUUAUUAAAUUCAAAUUUUGAUGAUAAUAGUAAAUAUUAUGCGAAAUUCGCGUACUCUACUAUUCGAUUUAUUUGAAUGACAAUUUUGUGGCCCGUUAAAAUUAUCGAAAAUUCAUUAUAUUAGUUACAGUAUACUGUGUGGUAAAAAAAAAAAAAGGUUUCAAUCAUUGAAAUACAUUUUUGUUACAAAUUAGUACAAUUUUCAAUUUUUUGUUUAAUGUUUUCAUUUUGAUUUCGUCGGAUGCAGUCGUCGGAUUCGUCUCAUCUAGACAGCCACCGCCGCCGCAGGCCGAUUGUGGACCCCGUUCACGACCGGACAACGGACAGGCGGUCUUCACGGCGUCCAGGAACUGGAGCAGGGCAGUGGAAGUGUAUCAGUGCGAUGCCGGGUACACACUAGAGGGUGAAACGAAACACACAUGCGUCCAGGGACAAUGGUCCGGCGAAGUUCCGUCGUGCCGUCGGAACACUGGCGCCGGUAAGUGGAUCGUCACCGAGUCAGUGUCGUAACUGUGUAUUAGUAUGUUGCGCUUUUUAUAAAACCUUCAGAUUCUUCGGGAAUUGUAUGUAAAUAGUGCGAUCCAUGUAUAAAUUGAAUGACGUCCGUGAAAUAGGGUGCAAAUCAUAUUGUAUAACUUUUCAGGAGACCGAAAAACUGAAUAUUUUACUAUAGGUUUGUAUAGACUAUGGUAUUAAACACACACGGUCCCUAAUUAUAUUAUAAUAGGAGGAGAUAGACAAAUUUCAGUAUCACCAAAAUCUAUUCGAUCCCUGAGUUUCCUACAAAAUUGUCGUGUAAUGUAAAAUUUGACAAAAUGUGACUUAUACUUUUUUUUACGAACAUCGUCCAAUUAUAUUAAGAGGGCUGUUCAAGAUUUUUUUCCCGUAAACUCAUUUUAACCGCGUCCUACCGACGGUAAAACAAUAAUAUUAAAAACAAACAGUUAUACUUCGCACGAUAGGUGGACCACUGCUGUAAGUGGGAAGUUGGGAAAGUAGAGGGGAAAUUUAAUGUAUAGAUAUCUGUACGAAACGAUUAAUCAUUGUUAAUGAAAAACGAUUCCGAGCGGAGUUUGGUUAUCAUGUUUUGAAAGGUCGUAAUAUUUACAUUUCGUAUUUUUUCCAUUUAUAAUGAAUAUUUCUAGGAAAAUCAAAAAAUGAACUUACAAUACCACUCUGGUUAGGUUAUUGUUCAGAAAAAGCGCUACAUUUGAAAACCAGAGCAAAAUUUCUGGUAGAAAAGUCGUUCACAGAAAAAAUAUAAAUAAAAAUAAAUAUCACUUGCUUCGCUCAGAAUUUAAAAUAACCUUCACAAAUAGUAUAACAUAAAAGAAAUAAAAAAGAACAUCCAUGAGCAGCAAAACUCAGUCACUUGAGUAUAGUUCUCCCCUUCUCCGUACGUUUUGUAUUAUAGAAAUAUUCUUGGUAAAAGUUUUAAUUAACCGAAUAUACUUACUGUAGUAAUAUAAAAUAUAUACAUAAAAAAAAAUAUAUUAAUUGAAGUUUAAGAAUGGUAAGGGAAGGUGAUGAAAGUUGAAACCCCAAGAAUGCAUAGCCUUGAUGCUAACGGUAUGCUUAUAUAAAAUGUCUUCCCGCUGGUUUCAUUUGGGAGAGUGUGUAGGCCCGUUGGGAGGUUUGAAAUUAAAACAAAAACGACUUUCUUCCGAAAUAACAUCGCGAAGAAAUUCAUAUUGAAAUUCAUCUCGACUUUUAUCAUUUAUAAACUGCUAUAAAACAUAUCAAAUUCCGGAUUUCUAUGAUUUUCUAUGUUAGUUUUAUAGUUUAGAUGUCAAAUAUUAGAACACACAUCAGAAAGUAAAAAAAAAAAAUGAAAUUCUAUAUAGAGAUCGUAACUAUAAUAUUUAUGGUACUAGUAGGGAUAUAUUACUUAGUUAUAAAAAAAAACCAGGAUAAUAAUAUUAUACCUACGGUUAUAUUAGGGUAAGUCGGCGAUCUCCGAACAGUUGGUUUUCAUCGUCGUGCGUUUUAAGAUUUCUUAAACUUGGCUUCGCGGUCCAAAACACUUAUUAUUACAUUUUUUUUCACCGCUCAUUUAUGUACAACCACGCGUAAACACGCGUCAACUAUUAUAAUAUUAUUAAGAUCAGUACAAAAAAAAGCGUUCGCGGUCCGUAUCCGCAUUUGGACAUUCCGCGGGGGGAUAGAUAGAGUAGGCGGUAAAAUACAAAACACGAUUAUCACCCAGUAAGAUUACAGUGUUUCGUCCGAUAAUGACCAUGGGAAUGCGAAUCAAAUUCCGUAGACGGUUUUUUUAAAUGUUCUGGACCCCCCUGUAAAUACGCCCGCUGGUAGAAUGGGCGCGGGCGGGCAAAUCGUCCGAUUCUAACCGCCGAUAAUGAAAAACACUUGCAUGGGAGGGAGAGAUAGAGACUGAGAGAGAGUGGCCGAGGUCUACGCAGUCAUAAUAACAACAAUAUGAUAUUGUAAUGUUUUGUCAACACAGUUUAAACGACUAUAUCGUAUAAGCCCGCGUUCGAACAACUAUAUUAUUAUUAUUAUCAUCAUCGUCGUACACAUAUUGUUAUUUUUUUUUUUCUUACCUUUACGGUAUAAUAAUAUAACGUAAUAUUAUAAACUUUUUUUUUUUUAAACGCUACGCAGGUCACGACGACAGCAACAUCGGUACGGCGGCGCAAGGUUGGUUUUCGUUCAGGUAAUGUUAUAUUAUGAACAUAUCCGUAAGACGCUUGUUUCGUUUUUGAAUUACUACGAUAGUAUCGUAAACGAGAUAUCGGUUAAACAAUCGAAUUACAUUAAGGUACAUAAGUACGCGUUUUAAAACGUCAUAAAAUAUUAUUUAGGCGCAUAUUGAAACUGGACGCGAAACGAAAACUUCUAAACAAUGAGAAACGAUUGGAAAACAGACAGACAGACAUCGAGACACCUCUGCAGCAGGCAUUAGGUAAAGCGGUGUAACAUUUGAAUAAAACAACAACAUCGUCUACUCAACGAGUUUUUAUACAUAUGUAUAUGCAUGUUUUUUUAUUUGUUUUUAUUUUGUGUAGGCCGUAACAAGUUUCAGCUCCCGAAGCACAUGAUUAGAGACUCGGCUAAAGAAUAUUCGGCGGGUGAUUACGAUUUGAGCUGUCUAUUUAGAAAACGACACGGGAAAAAUUUUCUGAGGGCGCCCAAAAUACCGUUUGCUCACGUGGCCAAGUAUUCCAAGUGAGAACGAAGCGUUACCGAAUACCUAGGAAAAAAACAUAUUUUUAAAUUAAUUUUGUAUCCGUAAUACUCACAUAAAUUAUUGCGUUAUCUCUUGCAACGUACGCAUUAUGCCGAAAUAACUUCACUCGGUCUCAGGGAGGGGAGGCGAGUCAAAAAAUAAUUAUUCACUAAAUGUAUAGUUUAUUUUUUUGUGAAUACGAAAUGAAUUUGUAUUAUAACACUAAAAUAGGGGGAUGGUAAACUCCUAAAAAAGUAGGUAAUCUCUUACGUUGACACAGUGUUGACUCCUACAAAGGAUAGUAUUAACUUCUACAAAAGAUAGUGUUAACUCCUACACUAGAUAGUUGUAAAAAGUAAAAUCAAUCAUAAAUUACCUAAAUCAAAAAGAAAAUAUUAUAAUACAAUUCAAUUUUUCUAGUUAUCAAAAUAAAUAAAAAUCAGUUAUAAACUAUGAAAAUAAAAGAUAGAGAUUUUUAUAUUUCCAAUUUACGAAAAUAACGUAGACGUUAUCGAAAUGUUUGAGAAUUUCCGAUACGAUAUUAAUAUGUUUACUAAAUUUUAUUUUACAUUUAAUAAUCUUAAAUUUGUAAGUUUCUACGAAUAUUCAUCCAAAAUGCAACAAAAAAAGUCUCUUAUAAUUUUCAAUUUGAAAACUAUUUCUGGUAUAAAACGUUGUGCGUGCCAAUUUAAAAUAAUGAAAUCGUAAAAUCGUACGUUUUUUCUCACUUAAGUAAAACUAUCUCAAAUAAACAUCAUUGUAAAACCAAUACAUACUCAGAAUCUAAAAUGUAAAAAGAUCUGUGUAGGAGAUUACAUACAUCUAUUAUUCAAUCUAUCAUUAACCAUCUAUUUUUGGCAGGUAAAAAGGGACUAUAUAGGAGUUUACCUUAUAUUUUAAAAACAGGUAAAAAGGUCAUUUUUAUAGAAGUUUACGAGUAGCCAAUAAUAGUUACGAAAAAAAAAAAAUAAUAAAUAGAUACAUAGAUAACAGCUUGCGACGUUGAUGAUCUUAUUUUUGAAUAGGAAAACGAAUCCCGUCGGGCCAAGCAACAAAUAUUUGGAAGCAAUUUACCGUUGUGCCAAAGGACACGUUUUCGAAAAUCCUUCACAAAACCGAUUGUAUUGUAGCAACGGACAUUGGGUUGGCAAAAAACCGUCGUGUGUCCCAAAAACGACACCUAUGACCGUUAGUAAAUAUUAUAUUAACCAGUUACCUCUUAAUUUAAGGAUAUGCAUACUAAAUAAUAUCCAGAAAUCUAGAAAUAUUAUCACGUUAUUUUAUAGAAGUUUGGUACUUAUCAGAAACAGUUUUGAAAAUAAAUUUAUUUAAUUUUAGUUAAUGAGUAGGUAUAUCAAAAAAACUAAUAGUUUUAACUAAUAAUGUUUUUUUUUCUCGGAAAGAACUUUUACAUUGAGUAAAUAUAUUAUGAUUUUUGUUAUAUCAUACCUUAAUAGAUGUGAAUUUUUUGUAUUAUAGAAUUUAACAUGGACAAUUUUUUGAAAUUCUCAAUAUUUUUAUCGAAAAAUUGCUUAAUAUAUUUUUUUUUAAUACCUCUUUUGGUUCUUUCUCUUAUAGUGCUAUAAAAAUCUAUUAUUUUGUAAAUACAAUCAUUUUUUGCACACUAAAACAAUUAAUACAAUACAUUUUUAUUAAUUUAUUUGUUAUCAUAAUAAUUUAUACCCAUAUGUAAUGGUAGGUCACUAUUUUGUUAAUAUCUCAUAACGUGGCCACAUGAUCACAUACGACACGGUCACAUGAAUGCCCUGGUUUUUAAUUGGCAUCACAUGAUAACAUUUGAUUCUUACAGGACGGAUUUAGGAGAGGUAUCAUUAUAUGAUACCAUACACAUACUGGCUUCAAUAAUAUAAAAUAAUAAUAAUAAUUAUUAACGAAGGAAUGAAGUCUCCUCCCCAGUCAUUAUUUUUGGGGGGACGACUUCAGUUCUGCGAACAAAUUAUAGACGUGCCUUUGCUGCAGGUAUCCCUUGUGUAUAAAGUACACAAUAAUAAUAUUAUCCAUUGUAUGUGACAUAGAUUUACCAGAUGGAAUGUUACAUCAAGUGCCCGCCGGACAAGAACGUGAGCUUGGCCGAAGGAGAGAAAUCAAUCGCGUUUGACGUAGAACGACCAGUGACGAACUACGAUUGGGAUAGGUACUAUAACAAUAGAAUUUUGAAGUAGCCAAAGUUGUUAUUUAUUAUUAAGGAUUAACUACAAUUCUAAACCAUCGACUAUCCAAACCUCCAGGUUCGGAACAUUGAGUUCUGGUUGGAGUAAAAACUCCUCAAGAAUUUUAGUCCCCGGUCUGUACGUGAUCACGUACACGGUUCAGGACCAAGAAGAUGCGGACAUUGCUUCGUGCAGGACAACCGUAUGGGUUACUGGUAAGGUGUAUACGUGUAAUUAAACCUAAUCUAAUUUAUCCAAAAACCGAAAAUAUUACCGACUUCAUUUGAAAAUUAAAAUACGUUAUGGGGGAACAUAAUAUUAUAAGGGUAGAAAACCAAGGAUAUCAGAACAUUUAAGAACGCGUGUAUCUUACAUUUUUUAAAGAAAAAAAAGUAAUUAUUAAUAUUUUCUGAGAUAAUGAGUGUGAUUUUAUAAUAACCACAUUAUCUACUCACGAAAAAAAAAAUAGAAUUAAGAUUUAAGCGUUUAAUUAUGUGUAAAUACAUAUUAAUUUUUUGAAAUAAUAAGUCACAUUUUGAAUUUGUUUGUUCAAAAAUAACUCUAGAACUUAUCUUUUUUAUUUUUUAGAAAUUUUCAAGGUAAUAGGAUUCUAUUGAUAUUUUUUUUCGUAUUUUCAAAUUAAUUUAUCUGUACAUAUUUCUUAAUUUCAGAAAAAAAAAAAAAAUCUCCUAUAAAUAUGUUCUAUCCUACACGUUUGUGUAAAUACAACAGUGUUUUUUUUCUCCGAUGUUUUCUAGACGACGAACCACCGGUAGUUCAAGACUGUCCUUUGUAUCUGGAGGUGGUAGAGGAUUUUUCAAAAAAUGAUACCGUCCCCGUGUCGUGGACUGAACCUCAAUUUUCGGAUAACGUGGCCGUCACACAAGUGGCGAAAACUAUGGUACGUAUUAUGUAUAUUGUUGUAAACACCGGGAUAAGGGGUAACUUUGAAGUGUUAUUUAUCCGGAGUUUUUCUAUACAAUAUGUAUAGGAACCCGGUCGACUAUUGGGCCCGGGACUUCAUAACGUUCAAUACAUGGCUAUGGACGCGUCGAGAAACGAAGCUACGUGCAGUUUCAAUAUUGAUGUCAGAGGUAAUAUGUAACCAAUUAUAUUAUUUAGAGAUGGGCGAUACCCGAGAAAACUGUUAUCGAGUAUCGAAAUCUAUGAUUUUCGAUAUACCAGAUUUUUGUGUUACGUGUUUUAUGGAGGUUUAUCGUACAUUUUUCUCGACAGAUGUCACAUUCGUGAACUUCGAUACUCAAAGUUUUAUCUAUGUAUAUAUACUAUUCGUGAUACAUAAUCCAUGAAAAACGGAUUUUAUACAUGACACGGUCCCUAUAUUUUAGAUACUUUGAAAUACUGAUGCAAUCAUUUAAAAGGGAAAAUACUGUGCAGUGUCGAGUAUCUAGAAUCGACAUUUUUGGUAUCGCCCAACUCCAAUAUGACUUAUAUCAUGACUUAUGUUUUGCUUUGUACGUUAUAGAUCAAGAAACAGUCGAAGCCAAAGACCGGAAAACAAACAACACAUUAUAG